GGCCCCUCUCUUCAGGCAGGCAUUGCAGGAAGCGGAAGUGGACAUGGGUGUCCCUACUGCCUCUUAGCAACGCCAAGGGUCGGGCUGACCAAAAUCAGCUGACUGCGGCCGGCGGGGAGGAGGCGCGGAGCUGCUGGUACGGUCGCGAUUGGCCCGGCUGCGGACCCGAGCCCUACAGCCUGCGUCAGAAUGUCGGGCAAGGACCGGAUUGAGAUCUUUCCCUCGCGAAUGGCACAGACCAUCAUGAAGGCUCGUUUAAAAGGAGCACAGACAGGUCGAAACCUCCUGAAGAAAAAAUCUGAUGCCUUAACUCUUCGAUUUCGACAGAUCCUAAAGAAGAUAAUAGAGACUAAAAUGUUGAUGGGUGAAGUGAUGAGAGAAGCUGCCUUUUCACUGGCAGAGGCCAAGUUCACAGCAGGAGACUUCAGCACCACGGUUAUCCAAAAUGUAAAUAAAGCCCAAGUGAAGAUUCGAGCAAAGAAAGAUAAUGUAGCAGGUGUUACUUUGCCAGUAUUUGAACAUUACCAUGAAGGAACUGACAGCUAUGAACUGACUGGUUUAGCCAGAGGUGGGGAACAGUUGGCUAAACUAAAGAGGAACUAUGCCAAGGCAGUGGAACUACUGGUGGAGCUAGCUUCUCUGCAGACUUCCUUUGUUACACUGGAUGAAGCUAUCAAGAUAACCAACAGGCGUGUAAAUGCCAUAGAACAUGUCAUCAUUCCUCGGAUUGAACGUACCCUUGCUUAUAUCAUCACAGAGCUGGACGAGAGAGAGCGAGAAGAGUUCUAUAGGUUAAAGAAGAUACAGGAGAAGAAAAAGAUUCUUAAGGAAAAAUCUGAGAAGGACUUGGAGCAGCGGAAAAUAGCUGGAGAGGUGAUGGAGCCUGCUAACCUCCUGGCUGAGGAAAAGGAUGAGGAUCUCCUGUUUGAGUAAUCUUUUCUGUUCGGCUUCUUUCAGAACACCCCGGCACUAACUGUUCCAAUUCAGUGUGUAGCCUUGUUAUGUGUGGCUAUUUAUUUUUUGGCCUAAGAAUUUCACUGGCUGUAAAAUUUACCAGCAUGCCCUUUGGGGCUACUUUUCCCAAAUCAUGAUUCAGCAGCCAUUUGUGACAGGUGAAUGAGAUUUGUUAAACUUGCCUGUAAUUUACAGCAUUGACUCUGCAGAAGCAUCAUAUUCCAUUUGCAGCAGGUACAUGUGAUGUUUAGUAAACCUUGUAGGAAAUACUCCUUAGGAAACCUCAGUGGUCUCAGGCCAACUGCGGAGCAGCCUUCAAUCCUACCCACUUAUAAUCCUUGGCACUGUUGCUGAACCUGUCAUGGACAUCCUUGUUACUGUGGCCUUUCUCUUCUCAAGCUUUAGGAAAACUGUCAUUUUUUCCCCUUGCAUGACAGGUUGCUAUCUGUAAUGAGAUCAGUUCUGACAAUUUAUAUGACUAUGUAUAAAUAGUAAAGUGAUUUAAAAAACAA